CGGACUUUGAGUAAGUCACUCCUUGCUGCAGAGUCGUCCUGUUCACCCUCAACCUCGCCGCCACCGCCACCAUGACCUUCAACGGCACCUGGAAAAUCGAUCGCAAUGACAACUACGACAAAUUCAUGGAGAAAAUGGGAAUCAACAUGGUUAAGAGGAAGCUGGCUGCUCACGACAACCUCAAGAUAACCCUUGAACAGACUGGAGACAAGUUUCAUGUCAAGGAAAGCAGCAAUUUCCGCACCCUGGAAUUAGACUUCACCCUGGGGGUCACCUUUGAGUACAGCCUUGCGGAUGGAACAGAACUAUCAGGCUCUUGGACCAUCGAGGGAGACUCGAUGAAGGGAGUUUUCAACCGAAAGGAUAAUGGAAAACUACUGACAACAGUCCGAACUAUCCAAGGAGAUGAGCUCACACAGAGCUACAGCUAUGAAGGUGUGGAGGCUAAGAGGAUUUUCAAGAGGGGAUAGACUGAACCCAUCAUUAUGAACUACAAAGUGGAUGUUGGACUUCAAGAUUACAUCAAGUAUUGUGUUGAAUUAUCAACUACUUAUGCCAGAAAAAAUACUUUAAAAAGAGCACUGUCUGUAAUGGAUAUACAGUUUAUGAACCCGUUUGGAACAACACAGGAUUUUGAUACCUGCAAAAAUAAAAGCCAUAAUGUAACUGAG